AAGUUUCUCUUCCUCACCCAUCAUUCUUCGUCCCACGCCUCGUACUAUCCAUCUACACUCUUUCCCUACUCCUUCAGCUUUGGAUUUCCCAUGACAUUUCAACCAAACAAUGUUUACGAACCAUGGCGUUUCGAAUAUGUAUCGUAUAAACUGAUCAAGCAUAAUAUUACCCAGCAAGUUCACAAUCACGGUUGGCUCGACCGAGACGAAUCCAGCUUUACGGCGUUGCUUUGGCACGAAGCCGAAAAAGUCGAUCGAUUUAUUACACAGAAACAGCGCGAAAUUGAAUCAACGCUUGCCCAUUGCCGCCGUCGUAUCGAGCAGCACCACAGCAACAACCAUACCAGGGAGACGCUUCGCGACGUUUACUGCGAGCUCCAAGCAUUAUGCGAUUUUGCACGGCACAACUCUUUGGCACUGGAGAGCUUGAUCAACUAUCACGACGAGAUCACAGAGCGCAACCAGAGACCACUGCUCGUCGAUAUUAUACGGAAAAGACCCUUGGGACGCCAACAAUUCGACUUGACGUUGAUAGAGGUUUCAAAGCUCAUGGAUACCGUUACCGAGCAACAAGAAGAGCAAGUAUAUCAACAGCAGCAGCCUACAGCAGUACAUUUCUGGGUCCAUCGAGAUAAUAUCAAUCAGGUUCUGGCCGUGUUACACUUCCAUCUAUCGUCCAGCAUCAGCCGGCCGACGGUCACAUAUUUGGACAAUUCACGAUACGAGUUAUAUCAAGGUCGACUUGAGCGCGACGAAGGAGCAGAAGAGAUUCGGCUAAAGCAUUUUACUAGUGCUGCCAAGGAUGUCUUUGUGGAACGUGAAACAUACCACGCACCGUGGCUGAAUAGCCAAUCUGUCACUGACGGCUUCCGACUAGACUCACCAGACAAGGCCGACCAAUUCUUGUCGUCUCAAUACACCGCCGACGAAUGUGUCCGAGAUUUAUGUACCACUGAUGCCGAGCGCCACACAUUGGGAUUCAUUGCGUCAGGGAUUCAACAGUCCAUUAACGACAAAAAUUUGCGACCGACGAUGCGCAUGACCAGUGAACGAGCCGUGUUUCAAAAUCAAGUCUUAUUUGACACAAAUAUCGUUUUUAUCGGCGACCAUACCUACGAGAUGCCACACGCUGUUCUGCAGACCACUUUGACUGGCAACAGUGAGCAGCAACACCAGCAGGAGCCGUGGCUUAAACAGCUACUUGACGAUGGCUUGGUGUAUGAAGUACCCUGUUUCUCAUUGUUUUUGCAUGGCAUGGCAUGUAUGUGGCCUGAAAGCAUUCCAUGGCUACCGUGGUGGAUGGACGAGCUUGAUAUUGAUAUUCGCGAUUCCCGCCAGCCCAAGGGGUUCAAGUCUGCAAGCCAGUAUGCUCAUUCAAGGAGUCUUAGACCAAAGGAGGAGCCUCUUGGAUAUCUCAAUCAUGAGCUCGAGUAUCCUCGGCUUCCGUUGCAUGAACGACCUGCCAUGAAGCAAGAAACGUUCCCUGCUCGUCAUGAAGCUAUCAAUAUCGACAGGGACUAUUUCAGCGAUCCAGUAUGGCAACAGCAUCAAGAUCAAUUUUCUUCAUACGACAACAACGACAACAAUGACUAUGACGAUGCUGAGCAAUAUCAGCGACCGCAACGGCAGAUGGGAUGGAGAAAUCAACGACAGCAACAAGAAGACGAUCAAGAAGGCCAGACAUUGCUUGGUAGCGGCGACGAGAACAAUCGCGAAGAACAAUCGAGCAAUAAAAAGAAAAAGAACAAAAAGCAAAAGAAUCCCAUGCUCGAACCGAAAGUGUUCUUUGCAAACGAACGAACAUUCAUCCAUUGGCUACAGUUCUCUGCAUUGAUUCUCGUUUCAGCGCUGACGCUUCUUAACUUCGGCGACAGGAUCAGUACCAUUGCCGGCGGUGUCUUUUUUGGUAUUUCAAUGGCUAUUGCUCUUUACGCCUUUGGGCGGUAUCGAUGGCGAGCGUAUCAGAUCAAAACUCGGCCGCAAAUACGAUACGAUGACAUUUAUGGGCCAAUUGGGCUGUGUACACUGCUUGUUGGCGCGGUGAUUUUAAACUUUAUUCUACGGUACCAGCAUCCAAGCCCAAGUGAUUCGUGGCUAGGAAUCAACAAUGGUACCCGGCAACAGCAUCUCCAGCAAUAAGAAGGACUGUAAAUCAUCAUUUUUUAGUACUUUCAUUAUUAUAUAAUUAUUAUUAGAUUCUUUAUUGGCCGUUUCCAUGUAUGUUAUGUUUUGUAAAGAAACAUUCUGUAGUUGCUAGUUGUUCUACGUGUGUUACAAACAUGAAAAAUGUUCCACACCACCCCAGUAUAUUUAGUGCAAAGUUCUAAAGUUAAAAGCGAUCGUCGUUAAAAUUAGAAUAACCGGAGUUGGGAGAAAGAUAGGUCGUGUGUGAUGAAAUAGAUCAGAGAGUGUGACAACAGGACAGUAUGUAUCUUUUCAUGAUCUGUAAAUGAAAUAAUGCUUCGCACCGGGUAAAAAU